UUGUUUCUGCGUUUGACGUCACCGAGGAGGGGGACAUUCGCGAGUGAGCAAGCAGCGAGCUACGCGAACAACAGCAGUAGAGGCAGCGGCACCGAGGUUCUUUUCCGCACUGCGAGCGAACGUUGAUUUGUUCCGUUUCCAGAGAGCCCCAAUGCCUGGUCCCACCCAAGCACUGUCCCCAAAUGGAGAGAAUAACAACGACAUCAUCCAGGACAAUGGAACCAACAUCAUUCCAUAUAGAAAAAACACAGUGAGAGGAGAGCGCGCCUACAGCUGGGGGAUGGCAGUCAACGUGUAUUCUACCUCAAUAACCCAGGAGACUAUGAGCAGACAUGAUAUCACUGCAUGGGUCAAUGAUAUCUUGUGUCUAAACUACACUAAAGUGGAGCAGCUGUCAUCAGGUGCUGCCUACUGCCAGUUCAUGGACAUGCUCUUCCCUGGCUGUAUAAGCCUGAAGAAGGUGAAGUUUCAGGCUAAGCUGGAGCAUGAAUACAUUCACAACUUCAAGCUACUGCAGGCCUCCUUCAAGAGGAUGAAUGUGGACAAAAUUAUUCCUGUGGAGAAGCUGGUGAAAGGCCGGUUUCAGGAUAACCUUGACUUCAUCCAGUGGUUUAAGAAGUUCUUUGAUGCCAACUAUGAUGGCAAGGAAUACGAUCCUGUGCAGGCCCGGCAGGGACAGGAUGCCAUUCCUCCUCCUGACCCUGGGGAACAGAUCUUCAAUCUUCCUAAGAAGUCCCACCAUGCAGCCAGUUCCCCCACGGCAGGUGAGUCCCACCACGCGGCCAGCUCCUCUACUGCAGGUGCAACCCGGGCUGCUGCAGCCCCUAAACCCUCUACACCAACAUCUAGACCCUCCUCUGCUAAAAAGAUCCCCCCAACAUCAGGUCCAGCGAAGGGUGAGAAGGAACUGGAGGCCCAGGUGGCCCAGCUCAACGAGCAGGUGAACACGCUGAAGCUUGCACUGGAAGGUGUGGAGAAGGAAAGGGACUUUUACUUCGGAAAGUUGCGGGAGAUUGAGCUGCUGUGCCAAGAGCAGGGCCAAGAGAGCGCCCAGUUUGUGGAGCGGCUAAUGGAGGUCCUCUACUCCACAGAGGAGCAGGAAGCAGCAGGAGAAUCAGGGGAGGACUUAGCGCGACCAGCCCAGGAGGAAGAGGAGGCCCAGCAGGAGGAGUACUGAUCCUGCAAUUCUACAUUCUGCUCUUUGUUUUGUGAGGACUGUUAUAAGCUUUGAUUUCUUCUUUAUUUUAUGUUUACUUUGACUCUCUGAGGAUUGUGCACAUACUCUCACGCAGCCCCUUCCUGUACCGAGUCAUUGCUGUCCAGCAUUUUUGUGCUUUUGUGACUGUUCAAGUAUGGCGUCCACCUCUCAUCGCUCCAUCCAGAGGACAGUCCCACUGUACCCUUCUCUGGCGCACUUCUCCCUGCUGCACAGCACCACGUCUCCAUUAGUCGCCCAUGUAAACAGUACCAGCUUCUUUCCUUUCAGUCACUGUGUACGACCAAAAUUGACAUGGUCUUAUAUUUAUAUGUAUUUCUGCAUAUCGGUCCUGUUUGUUACAAAUGAAUGCAAUAAGCAGAGCCCUGAAAGGCAUCUCUGAAUGGUUUUGUCCACCUUACUAGCAGACAUUUUGCAUAGUUUAGAGUAGGGUUUAAGAUACUCAGUACUCAGUGUUUUGCUUUAAUUUUUUCAUACAGCAUAUAGGAUGCAGAAUGCCAUGUGUUUGUUUGGGUGUGAUUUUCAUGUGAAUAAUGAAGACUCUACCAUUGUCCGAGUCAAUAAUAUAAUUUAGAAAAAUGCUGUCGUGGUUAUUACAAAAUCAGAGAGACUAAACUAUCAGUAAGGCUGAUAAAUGAGAGAUUCUUAUAAUUUUUUUUAGAUGUCUCUGAAAAGUUGUCACCAGUCAUGUCACUGGUUAAUGUGAUAUAGUAUGGUAUACCAGUAUGUUGUAUUACUUUGAAUUAUGCAUUUACUCUUACUAAAUUCCCUUGCUCACCUUAAUGCUUUGGUCAUGUGUAUAAAAUGGAAAGGAAUGUAAACAAAUGUACUGUUUAUAGUUAUACAUAGCAAAAAGAAAAAUGUAUUGGGGAUUGCUUAGAUGCGACACAUUUUAUUCUGAUGUAUCACACUCAUUAAGCCUUUUUCACAAUGUUGCAUGUUAGCAUUGGUCUUUUGUCUUUGUGAAUAACAAACUGCUUUAUCUUUUUACAUACUGUAUUUAAGAAAAAUGUUAAGUGAGGUGUGUUUUGUACGUUUAACCUGCCAUUUCAAAUAUAAAGAGAUUUGGAUGGAUUUGCUACAAUAAAACUACACCUUUGUUUCAAAAAUAAAUGGAGUCACUCCAAAUACUCCAUGUGUGGUGGAUGAUUGGAUUG